UGCCUCUAGCUGCAGCUGAGCCAGAUUUGUGCGCACACAGAACUUUACGCAUCUGGUCGUCAUCAGCAGCAGCGGCCACUCUUCCUGCUCAUAUGUGGCUCAAACCGAGGAGGAAGAGAACGUCUUCUUCUUCUUCUUAUAUGAUUUCUUGAAAUUGAAACAAAAAAAACGCGACUGGACGAACACGGGUCGGUCAUUUUCUUCUCUGACUCGUACUGCUGGAUGUAUUGGCUGUAAAAAGAUUUAGUGGGGAAAGCAGGAACAAGUUCGUUUGAGAACUCCGUUGCUGAUUUGGAUGUGAACAGAUCCACCCUCUGCUCGGAAGUCCCGAGUUUUUAUCUGGCUGUGUUUUUCUAGAGGCGCUGCUAGUGCUUUCUGCAUGCACGGAUCUACUUGGCUCACUUGCGCUUCUCUUUCUUAUUACCGCUCUCUUUUUUUCCGCUGGUUCCCACUUGCGUCAUGACUUCUAGCUAUGCACAUGUAAUGGACAGGCAAGCUACGAUACCAAACCGCCUGGAGAGCCCAAUCACGUCUAACCUGGACAACUUGCAAGCCAAAAAGAACUUCUCAGUCAGCCAUCUGUUGGAUCUGGAAGAGGCCGGGGAAAUGGUCGGUACCCAGGCAGACGAGAGCGUCGGGGAGACGGGGAGAAAUAUGCUGGAAUCCCCGGGGCUGACUAGCGGGAGCGACACGACCCAGCAGGAAAACGAACAGAUGAACACAGAGGAGAAGAAGAAGAGGAAGCAGCGCAGGAACAGGACCACCUUCAACAGCAGCCAGCUCCAAGCUCUGGAGAGAGUGUUUGAGAGGACACACUACCCCGAUGCUUUCGUCAGAGAAGACCUGGCUCGCCGGGUCAACCUCACCGAGGCUAGAGUGCAGUCACCUAUUCUGCCUCCUUCCUCUCUCAGUGCCAUGGCUACCUACCCACCCACCUGCUCCAACACCAAUACAUCCCAGGGAAUGAACAUGGCCAACAGCAUUGCCAAUCUGCGGCUCAAAGCCAAGGAGUACAGCUUGAACCAGGUGCCCACAGUCAACUGAAACAUUGAGAGGCUAGGGGAUCCCAGGGGAAGGGAAGGAGCCCUCUCUACUACAACACCCCCCCAGAGAAGGACAUUAUCUCUGGGAUGAACAUUAUUCCACAUACUCUGGAUCAAGAAGUAUUCUUUUCUUUCUGGAGCAGCCAUGAUGGUAUACUACUAUCAAUGUACCAAUGUGCAAAAGUGCAAAACCGUGUGAUGGCAGGAUUUUCCCCCAAGCCAAGUUUUCUUUUUCUCCUCAGCAUCACUGAAUUCUUGUUCACACAAAAAGACAUCUAGACUGGAUGCUGUAGCCAAAUAUCUGCACAGUUUUGCAUUUGUGAUUGUGACUUAAAUGGAGGGUUAGUUCCAGUCAGAGAACUUGCUUAAAUGGAGACUCAUAUGGACUACAUGGAAUCCCACUUUUUCUAUGGUGUUGGAUAAAAUUACACACCAUAAUUGGGAUCAUCUACUUUCUUUCUUUUUAUGUCUUCAACAAAAUGACAAUGACUUCCUCUGACAUUUAUACAAUUUAAUUUUUGUUUUCACAUUUCUUUCCAUUUUAUACCACUGACAAACAAACAUUUUCAACACAUUUUGAAUUUCAUGUAAUAGUCCAAUAUAAAGGAGAGGCUAAUGUAUUUCUGAAUCCAAAAUCAGUAGAUAAUUUCAUAUGAUAUCCUUUAUUUGUAACAGAAUAAAAACUUGUAUAUGAAUAAACAUGCGUUUCAAGCAAUAAAAUUGCAGUUUCAACACA